AUGGACCCCUCACCACAUGGAGAAAUACCCAAAUCUUUCAACACCAAUAGAAGGACUUCAGUCUCUGCAGAGGCAUUGAAUCCUGCAAAGUUAAAGUCGGAGAGCUGGAAACCACCACAAAAUAAUUUAUCCACUACAGAGGAAGAAUCAGUGGCAAGCAGCUUGAAAAACAACUUCCUCUUCAAGCAAUUGGAUGAAAACUCAAAGAAAACGGUCAUUUCAGCAUUGCAGUCCAAAACUUUUAAAAAAGAUUCAGUAAUCAUCAAACAAGGGGAUGAAGGCGACUUUUUCUACAUAAUAGAAUCAGGUACAGUUGAAUUCUUUGUUAAUGACGUCAAGGUUAGUACAAGCAGUGAUGGAUCUUCGUUUGGUGAAUUGGCAUUGAUGUACAAUGCGCCCAGAGCAGCUACUGUUGUUGCUGUCACGGAUGUCACUGCGUGGGCAUUGGACCGUUUAACAUUCCGUCGUAUCUUAUUAGAAGGUAGUUUCAACAGAAGAUUGAUGUAUGAAGAUUUCCUCAAGGAUAUUGAAAUAUUUAAGUCGCUUUCUGAUCAAGAACGUUCUAAAUUGGCCGAUGCAUUGAAAACUGAAAGGUAUCAGAAGGGUGACAAGAUUGUCACUGAAGGUGAGCAAGGUGAGAACUUUUACCUCAUUGAAAGUGGUACAUGUCAAGUUUACAACAAGAAGCUUGGUCAGAUUAAGAAGUUGGGCAAAGGCGACUACUUUGGAGAAUUGGCCUUAAUCAAUGACUUACCUAGACAAGCUACUGUCGAGGCUUUGGAUAACGUUAUAGUUGCAACCUUGGGCAAAUCAGGGUUUCAAAGAUUGUUGGGUCCUGUUGUUGAUGUGUUGAAAGAUAGAGAUCCAACAAAAGUACAGGAUCCAACAAACGUAGAGUAA